GUGGGAGGCGGACGGGAACGGGGGCGGGAAGUUCCCGGAAGGAGCGAGACAGGGAGGGACAGGGCUGAGGAGAGGAAGGCGAUGCGACGGACAGGCGCACCCACUCAGGCUGACUCUCGGGGUCGAGGUCGGGCCAGGGGCGGCUGCCCUGGGGGCGAGGCGGCGGCAUCUCUUCCUCCACCUCCCGGCGGAACCCGAGGACAGGAGCCUCAGAUGAAAGAAACUAUCAUGAACCAGGAGAAACUCGCCAAACUGCAGGCACAAGUGCGCAUUGGUGGGAAAGGAACUGCUCGCAGAAAGAAGAAGGUGGUUCAUAGAACAGCCACAGCAGAUGACAAAAAACUUCAGUUCUCUUUAAAGAAGUUAGGGGUAAACAAUAUCUCUGGUAUUGAAGAGGUGAAUAUGUUCACAAAUCAAGGAACAGUGAUCCACUUUAACAACCCUAAAGUUCAGGCAUCUCUGGCAGCAAACACUUUCACCAUUACGGGCCAUGCUGAGACAAAGCAACUGACAGAAAUGCUCCCCAGCAUCUUAAACCAGCUUGGUGCCGACAGUCUGACCAGUUUAAGGAGACUGGCUGAAGCUCUGCCCAAACAAUCUGUGGAUGGAAAAGCACCACUUGCCACUGGAGAGGAGGAUGAUGAUGAAGUUCCAGAUCUUGUGGAGAAUUUUGAUGAGGCUUCCAAGAAUGAAGCAAACUGAAUUGAGUUAACUUCUGAAGAAGAUAAAUCUUGAAGAAGUUACUGGGAGCUGCUAUUUUAUAUUAUGACUGCUUUUUAAAAUUUUGUUUAUGGAUCUGAUAAAAUCUAGAUCUCUGAUAUUUUUAAGCCUAAGCCCCUGGACACUGCAGCUCUUUUCAGUUUUUGCUUAUAUACAAUUCAUUCUUUGCAGCUAAUGAAGCUGAAGAAGCCUAAGAAUAAAGUUUGAGACAAAGAUAAAUAAAAUUCUUUGCCUAGUAUAUGGUUUUAUUUUUUAUUUCAUUGAUACCAAUUUGUACACAGAAGGCAAAAUUGUUUAUAGAAAGCUAAUCAUGGCAUGUAAUAUGACUGAUAAUCAUGAAUGGAAACUGAUUAAAGAUUUAAAUGACAGUAUAA